UUUGUGUGUUUGUGUGUUUGUGUGUGUGUCUGUGUCUCUGUGUAUGUCUCUGUGUGAAUGUGUGUGUGUGCGCGUGUGUGUUUGUGAGUGUAUGUCUGUGUCUGUGUGUGUGUCUCUGUGUGUGUAUGUGUGUGUGUGUGUGUGUGUGUGUGUGUGUGUGUGUGUGUGUGUGUGUGUGUGUGUGUGUGUGUGUGUGUGUCUGUGUCUCUGUGUAUGUGUGUGUGUGUGUGUGUGUGUGUGUGUGUGUGUGUGUGUGUGUGUGUGUGUCUGUCUGUGUCUCUGUGUGUAUGUGUGUGCGUGUGUGUGUGUGUGUUUGUGAGUGUCUAUGUCUGUGUGUGUGUGUGUGUGUGUGUGUGUGUGUGUGUGUGUGUGUGUGUGUGUGUGUGUGUGUGUGUGUGUGUCUCAGGGACCCAGCUCUUUGCGCUGUACAACCACACGGGGGAGCUGGAGAACUCGUCCAGGUUCUACUCCCUCAGGGUGCCGCUCUGCAUACAGAAGGAGGCGGGGCUAACCACCGAGGUCGACGCCCACUGGCUGGACCACAUGACCCAGCACUUCACAAGCGGCGCUCGCCUCAUCGACGGCUUCUUCCACCUCGCCGACGACAACGACAGCGGGAUAUCGUCCGUGGACAGUGUGUUCAUCUUCCAGAGCCCCGCCGAGGAAAGCACGGCCACCUCCUACGACGCCAUCGUGGUGGAACAGUGGACGGUGGUGGAUGGUGUCGUGGUGAGGACGGACUACAUCCCCCUGCUCCAGUCCCUGGCUCCCUACGGUUGGAGGCUGAUGUGUGUGUUGCCAACACCUGUUGUCAGGACAAACAGCGACGGCAGUUUGUCAACCAAGCAGAUCCUGUUCCUUCAGAGGCCCACGCUGCAGCGCAAGAGGAAAGACUUCAAGAUGCUGAACCUGCGAGGUCGCAGCAAGGCCAGGAAGAGCUACAGCAGCGAGACGCCCGAGAAGGAGCGGGAGAGCGCCUCCCCCGUCUCAGAGAGCGAGGUGGACGAGCUGCUGGGCAACACCAGAGAGGAGGAGGAGGAGGAGGAGGAGGAGGAGGAGGAAGGAGGGUUAAUGGUGGAGGAAGAGGAGCGGGAGGAGGAGAGGUGCCAGGGAGCAGGCACCUGGGGAGGUGAGGAGGCGAUAAUGAAGGAGGCGGAACUCCAAACAGAUUCUUCGCCACCACUGUCAGAGGGAGGAAGCGUUUCCGACGGCAACCAGGAAGAGGAGUGCGCCGAGGUGGAUUGGGCCUCGACGGCCAAGCAGGAGAAGAGUGUGAGAUGGACGGACGUGUGUCAGAGGGCGGACAGUGGGCUCGAGGAGGAGAUGAAGGAUAGGAUCAAACCCCAGCUGAGCGAGAGAGCGCUCUUCUCUGGGGUUUGCUGAAGUAAAACCAAGGGACCCGAGUGGGAUUUUAAAAUGGUUGAGCCCUUUCAAAAAAAUUAUUAAUUGGAGUUAUGUUUGGUGGAUUAUAUUAUCUGUGGCCAUUGCCAGUAUGAUGUUUCUGUAGUGCUGUGGCUAAUGUCUUAAAUCUGGCCCGCGUAGAGUGUUAGCACAUGAGCCUUUAUUUGAGGUUGUAGCCCAUUAGCUCCCUGUAUAUGGUAAUUACUCCUUUGAGGAGUAUCUGGAUGCCACACACUAAAGUAAAGCAGGUUUCCUGCCCAAGCCUUAACUUUUCUGUUCUUCAAAUUCCUGUCGUUUAACCUUCUUAUCUAGGACCGUACAAACAUAAGGGAGUAAUGAUGUCACAGGAAUCAUAUUUUUAUAUGUGAAGCAUAUUACUAAGAAAGGAAAAAACACCAAAUCAGACGAAAUGUGGAAACAGUGGAUGUGAGUUUAUUGGCGUCGGUGAAGUAAUAAAUUGAUUUCCGGCUAAGGUCAGGUUGGCUGAGUGAACUAGAUAUAAACGAUUCUUUUGUUGUAUCGCUUAUUUCCCGAGCACCUGUGUUAUGUGUAAGUGGUGUGAUGGUACCAUCUUUAAAUAGAGGCACAGGCGUCAAAUAAAUCAUCCUUGACGGAAAAAAAC